CCACGCCUUUUUCCAUCACCGCUGCACUAGCUGCUUUUAUAAGCUUCGUGUUCUCAUACUGGUUCCGCGAUCGCAGCCGGCUGUCUGCCAUGACGGGUCACGUGAAGGCGCUGACCUCUCCGUAUCCAGGAUCUCAGGUGGAAAGGCAGCCGGUACCCCCCGGAAAAGGUCAGCUGGUCGGUGGAUUGGCCGGAGUACCAGCCGGUAGAGUACACCGCCCGCCCUGUGCUCGCCCAACCCGUCUGGGCAGACCCCCCACACAGCGAGGAAAGCUUCCACCCGCAGUACAACACCCUGGACGGCGGUGUACAGAGGACGAGCUUCGAGGGGGUAUACCUGGUAGAGGACGGGCAGCCCAGAAACCCCAUUGGAAGGACGGGGAUGACGGGAAGAGGGUUGCUAGGAAGGUGGGGACCCAACCUUGCAGCCGACCCAAUCAUAACACGGUGGAAAAGGAGCGCUGCAGGAGAGAAGGUGACCGAUCCAAAGACGGGGAAAGCCAUCUUACAGUUCGUAGCCAUUCAGAGGAAGGACUGUGGCCAGUGGGCUAUACCCGGAGGGAUGGUGGAUCCUGGAGAGGUGAUCACGGCGACACUGCGCAGGGAGUUCUGCGAGGAGGCUCUGAACUCUCUGGAGAGUACGGGUGACAAGAAGGACUCUCAGGAGAGGAUUCAGAGCCUUUUUUCUCACGGGAGCAUUUACCGAUCUACAAGGGGUACGUGGAUGACCCUCGGAACACUGACAACGCCUGGAUGGAGACACAAGCGGUUAAUUACCACGAUGACACAGGCGGAAUAUUAGACCAGCUGGCCCUAGAAGCGGGUGACGAUGCCGGAAAAGUGCGGUGGGCGGAUAUCCACAAGACCCGCAGCCUGUACGCCAACCACGCCCACUUCAUCCAGAUCGUGGCUGAGAAGAGGGAUGCACACUGGUAG